AUGUGCUGGGAUGCUUGUAAAGUUGGUUUCAAGUAUUGUAGAAAUUUGAUUGGAGUGGAUGGGUUUCACAUUAAGGAUAAAGCUGGAGGGAUGAUGCUCACUGCUAUUGGUAUUAUUGGGAAUGAAAGUAUAUUCCCUAUUGCAUAUGCCAUAGUGGAAGGGGAGAACAAAGAAUCUUGGUGCUGGUUUUUGGGACUCUUAGCAAGGGACCUUGAGAUUGACUAUGGGUCUCAACAUCUAUAUACCUUCAUGUCUGACAAGCAGAAAGGUUUGGAGGUUAGACAAUCAGAAAUGCACUAUGGAAGGCUGCUAGAGCCACAAUUAUCACAUUUCUCAUCAACUGCCAAAUGUGACAUGCUUGUGAAUAACAUAUGUGAAAGCUUUAAUGCUAUGAUAUUAGAUGCAAGAGAUAGCACUCUAAUACACUUCCUUGAGAUAGUGAGGAAGCAUGUAAUUUGUGCUCUUUGGGUCAAGUUUGGAAAGGCCCCAUUGCAUGACUUUGUUGAUGAUUGCUACAGUAUUGAGAAUUACAAGAAAGCUUACUCUGGUAGCAUUCACCCUAUGGCUGGGCCUCAAGAAUGGCCAUACACUGAUAGCGAGCCCCCUCUUCCUCCUUUGUUUAGUAAAAAGGUAGGCAGGCCUAGAAAAAUGAGGAAGAAAUCUGCUGGUGAAAUAACAAAAGAUGGAAUUCGGUUUUCAAGAAGCGCCGUGACACUAUAUUGCUCAAUCUGCAAGAAAAUAGGGCAUAAUAGUAGGAGGUGCCCUAAGAGAAGAGCAGCCCAAAGAGCCCAAGGUGAUAUUCCAGUUGCCCAGAUCCCAUUCCAGCAGCCCAUGAAGUCCAGAGUGACAUUCCAGCAGCCCAUGAAAUCCAGAGUGACAGUCCAGCAGCCCAGGAUCCCAUUCCAGCAGCCCAGGAUCCCACUCCAGCAGCCCAGCCAGCCCAAGGUGGUAGUCCAGCAGUCCAAGGUCCCAUUCCAGCAACCCAAUUGCCAAGUCUGGAAGAAAUCCCACUAG